AUGGCUCGACGCGUCGCGGUUGGCCGCUCCGGACCGCAGAACGACUUACGCAAGCUUCUAUCGGAAACCUUGGGUUUGCGAACUUUUUGAAGUAUUUUCGAAACUUAAUUUCUUCUUUUGAAAGAUUGGUCGCAUUGGAAAUGGCUCGACGCGUCGCGGUUGGCCGCUCCGGACCGCAGAACGACUUACGCAAGCUUCUAUCGGAAACCUUGGGUUUGCGAACUUUUUGAAGUAUUUUCGAAACUUAAUUUCUUCUUUUGAAAGAUUGGUCGCAUUGGAAAUGGCUCGACGCGUCGCGGUUGGCCGCUCCGGACCGCAGAACGACUUACGCAAGCUUCUAUCGGAAAUCUUGGGUUAGCGAAAGUUUCAAAGCCUAAACUUGAACCGCAGCACAACCGCGACGCUUCGAGCCAUUCUAAACGCGGCUAG